AUGGCAUCAGGAAGUAAGCAUUUUGUUCUGGUGCAUGGGGCUUGCCAUGGAGCUUGGUGUUGGUACAAGCUGAAGCCCCUCUUGGAAUCUGCAGGUCACAGGGUCACAGUGCUGGACCUUGCAGCUUCUGGCAUCAACUUGCAGAAGAUAGAAGAUGUUGAUACUUUCUCACGGUAUUCGGAGCCUUUGUUGCAGCUAUUGGCAACAAUUCCCCCAAAUGAAAAGGUGAUUCUAGUGGGUCACAGCCUUGGGGGACUCAACAUAGCACUUGCCAUGGACAAAUUCCCAGAAAAAGUUUCCGUUGGUGUUUUUGUAACAGCUUUUGCUCCAGAUGUUGAACACCAACCAUCUUAUGUCUUGGAAAAGUACAGUGAGAGGACUCCGUCUACGGAAUGGUUAGACACUGAAUUUUCCCCUAGUGGAAACAAAACAUCAAUGUUCUUUGGUCCCAUGUUCUUCUCCAACAAACUCUAUCAACUCACCUCCAUCCAGGACCUUGAACUGGCCAAGAGUUUAGCAAGGCCAUCGUCGCUGUUCUUGGAAGACUUAUCCAAGGAAAAGAAGUUCUCGAAAGAGGGUUACGGGUCAGUUCCACGUGCCUACAUUGUUUGCACUGAAGACCUUGCUAUUCCAUUGAAUUACCAGCUCUGGAUGAUCCAAAAUGCUGCCUUCAAUGAUGUUCUGGAGAUCAAAGGCACAGAUCAUAUGGUUAUGCUUUGCAUGCCAUCUCAGCUCUUCCAUUCUCUCCACCAGAUAGCGACUAAAUAUGCAUAA